AUUUUCCAGAUUGCGUAUGUUAUUGUAAAAGCAGCUAACUCACCUCGACCUGGGAACUGGAUAUUAGAGCGUUCGCUGGAUGGUGUAGACUAUCAGCCAUGGCAGUAUUAUGCUAUCACAGACAGUGAGUGCCUGACACGCUACAACAUUCAUCCCCGUCCUGGAACUCCAUCCUAUGUAAAAGAUGAUGAAGUCAUAUGCACUUCUUAUUAUUCCAAAAUCCAUCCUCUGGAGAAUGGAGAGAUUCACACUUCUCUAAUUAAUGGACGGCCUAGCGCUGAUGAUCCUUCACGCGUAUUACUAGAAUUCACCUCUGCUCGCUUUAUUCGCCUGAGAUUUCAGCGGAUACGGACACUAAAUGCUGAUUUAAUGAUGUUCGCACACAAAGAUCCAAAUGAAAUUGAUCCCAUUGUUACAAGGAGGUAUUACUAUUCUAUAAAAGAUAUCUCUGUUGGAGGCAUGUGUAUAUGUUCAGGCCAUGCAAAGGCUUGUCCACUCGAUCCAGCGACCAAUAAAUCCAUCUGUCAGUGUGAGCACAACACAUGUGGAGAGACAUGUGAUCGGUGUUGUCCUGGUUUCAAUCAAAAGCCUUGGCAUGCUGGCACUUUCCUUGUUAAGCAUGAAUGUGAACCAUGCAACUGUCAUGGGAAGACUGAGGAGUGUUACUAUGAUCAGGAUGUUGCAGACAGAAAUCAGAGUUUGAAUGUCCAUGGAGAAUACAUUGGGGGUGGAGUAUGUGUGAAUUGCACAAGCUACACCAGCGGCAUAAACUGCGAGACCUGCGUUGACGGUUACUUCAGACCUAAAGGGGUAUUGCCAGAUAGCCCAUAUCCAUGCCAGCCGUGUUCUUGUGAUCCAAAUGGGUCUUUACACGAUACCUGUGUCAAAGAUGAGAAACAUGCGGAAGGAG